AUGGACGUGCGCGACAUCAUUGCGUCGACGGCGGACAUCAGUUUGGAUGACGAAGAGGAGGGUGUGCGCUUCGAAGAAGAGAUUUACGAGACUGCUGCAUUGCCUCCGGUGCGGAAUACCUGGACUUUGGUGGGAAGGUUUCUCACCGAUCGGAUCAUGAAGGUUGAGGUAAUGAAGAGGGUGAUGGCCUCGGCUUGGCGCCCUCUCAUGGGAAUAGAGAUAACAGAUGUACUCUCGAACCUGUAUCUCUUUACGUUUUUUGAUGAAGCUGACAUGCGCCAGGUGUUAGAGGAGGGGCCAUGGGCGUUUGAAAACACGACUUUUUUGUGUCAAGUUUUGGAUGACGGAGUUGAUCCAACUCAGGUGGUGUUGAACACGGUGGAUUUCUGGCUGCAGGUUUAUGAUAUCCCAUUAGGAUACCGAACGGUGAAGGUGCUUGAAAGGAUUGGAGAUUUCACGGGGGUGUUUUUGCGGUAUGAUGAACGAAACUUUGAGAGACCGUGGACUUCGUACUACCGGGUACGUAUUACGCAUGAUGUCACUGUGCCCUUGAAACGCCGAAUGAAGAUGAUAAUGCGGGAUGGGACGUGGACAUGGAUAAAUUUCAAGUACGAGCGCUUACAUAUGUUUUGUUUCUUUUGUGGUAUAAUGGGGCAUACAGAUAAGUUUUGCUUAGCUGCUCGGCGUUCUUUAAUACCUUCGGAUCAAUAUGUCUAUGGUGCGGCUAUGAGGGCAGGAGGGAAUAGUCCGGCUAAAGUGAUGGGGGAUAAGUGGUUUAGAAUAGGGCAAGAGAGGAGGAAAGAAAUUGGUUUUGGUAUGGGUGGGUUUGGGCAGCGGGGUGUGGCAGGAGAACGGCCGGUUGUGGCUGGAAUAGGGGGACGGAUAGCGGGUGAGGGAGGAGGUGGGCAGUCGGGGCUGGGGAGGGAUAACGAGCCAGUGAGGGAGGAAGAGGGAGUAAGGGUGGACCCGAAACGGCGAAGAACGGAUGGUGGGGUUGGGAGUGAGGGGGAGUUGGGUGUGAGGGUGGAACCGAAUAACACUUAUUCGGCCGUACCGGAGGAAGGGGGUGGUAGGGCAGGGCGGGUUGAUGAAGGAGUGAUGGUGGUGGAAGAUAUAACAAUGGCAGAGGUUCAAAAAAACUUGCAGAUGGCGGGUGCUGCGGUGCAGACCCGCCCAACCCAAUGA